AUGAUGCGUGAGUCCGCCGCGGAACUUCGGAAUAGAGUGAACUAUAUGUACUUGAAUGCUGCUGCUUCUGAGGAGGAGGAGGAGGAGGAGGAGGAGGAGGAGGAGGAGGAGGAGGAGGAGGAGGAGGAGGAGGAGGAGGAGGAGGAGGAGGAGGAGGAGGAUGAGGAGGAGGAGGAGCUGUCACCGCCUAUAGGGAUGUUCUUGUAG